AUGCGUGAAAUUGUUCACAUUCAAGCAGGCCAGUGCGGUAAUCAAAUCGGAGCUAAGUUUUGGGUGAGAGUAAUUUCGGUAAUGAACGAUGGAAUUGAGCGACGUGGUAUUUAUAAUGUGAUUUCGAUUCUUUCAAUUGGGAUGAGGAUCAAUGUUUACCUACCAAUGAAGUACAGU